ACGUGGGCCGCCGGGCGGGGCCGCCGCCUCUUCCUCCCGCCGCCGAGCCCGGCCGCGCCGCGCGGAUCCCUGCGGUGGGCGCCGGGUGCCCGCACCUCGCCCCGGCCCUCGCAGCGCCGCCGAGCCGCCCUCCGCCGCCGCCCCUGCCCGCUCGGCAAGAUGGCGCUGAAGGAGGGCGCCCAGCGCAAGUGGGCGGCGCUGAAGGACAAGCUGGGCCCGCAGGACGCGGACCCCACGGAGGCCAACCUGGAGAGUGCCGAGCCCGAGCUGUGCACCCGGCUGCUGCAGGUGCCCUCCGUAGUCAACUACUCGGGCCUGCGCAAGCGCCUGGAGAGCAGUGACGGCGGCUGGAUGGUGCAGUUCCUGGAGCAGAGCGGCCUGGACCUGCUGCUGGAGGCCCUGGCCCGGCUGUCCGGCCGCGGCGUGGCCCGCAUCGCCGACGCCCUGCUGCAGCUCACCUGCAUCAGCUGCGUGCGCGCCGUCCUGAACUCACCCCAGGGCAUCGAGUACAUCCUCAGCAACCAGGGCUACGUGCGCCAGCUCUCGCAGGCUCUGGACACGUCCAACGUGAUGGUGAAGAAGCAGGUGUUCGAGCUGCUGGCCGCCCUGUGCGUCUACUCGCCCGAGGGCCACGCCCUCAUCCUGGACGCGCUGGACCAUUACAAGGCCGUGUGCAGCCAGCAGUACCGCUUCAGCGUCGUCAUCAACGAGCUCUCGGACAGCGACAACGUGCCCUACGUGGUCACCCUGCUCAGCGUGGUCAACGCCAUCAUCCUGGGCCCCGAGGACGUCCGCACCCGCAGCCAGCUGCGCAGCGAGUUCAUCGGGCUGCAGCUUCUGGACAUCCUGACCAGGCUGCGGGCCCUGGAGGACGCUGAUCUGCUGAUCCAGCUCGAGGCCUUCGAGGAGGCCAAGGCCGAGGACGAGGAGGAGCUGCUCCGGGCCAGCGGCGGUGUGGACAUGAGCAGCCACCAGGAGGUUUUUGCCUCCCUCUUCCACCAGGUGAGCUGCUCACCAGCGUCUGCCCAGCUGCUGUCGGUGCUGCAGGGCCUCCUGCACCUGGACUCGUCCCUGCACUCCAGCCAGCUGCUCUGGGAGGCGCUCGAGAGCCUGGUGAACCGGGCCGUGCUCCUGGCCAGUGACACCCACGGAUACACCCUGGAGGAGGUAGUGGGGCGGCUCCUGUCCGCCAAGGGGUGGCCCCAGCCCAGCCCCCUGGAUAAGGCCCACAAGAGUGUCCAGACCGAGCUCGGCCAGAGGCCGAGGGGCAGCUCCCUCCAGGGCACCAGCGCCCCAAGGCCGGGCACAGAGAUCCAGCAGCCCCCUGGGGCAGGGACACCUCUGCAGGAGAUGACCCCCGAGCAGCGGCCACCCAGCCCGCCCUCCCCCACACCCCCACCCCCUGGCACGGCCACUGGGCCUCCUCUGCCACCCCCACCCCCUCCCCUGCCAGGCCUGGGGGCCUCGCCGCCCCCGCCCCCACCUCCCCCACCCCCACCCCUGCCCAGCCUGGGACGUCCCCCUCCGCCCCCACCCCUGCCCCCACCUCCCCCACCCCCGCCCCUGCCCGGCCUGGGCUGUCCCCCUCCACCCCCACCCCUGCCCGGCCUGGGCUGUCCCCCUCCGCCCCCACCCCUGCCCGGCCCCCCUGCCCCCCCAGCGGAUGGGGUGGAGGAGGUCAUCGUGGCGCACGUGGACAGCGGCCUGGGCUCGGCCUGGGUCCCUAGCCACCGGCGGGUGAACCCGCCCACCGUGCGCAUGAAAAAGCUCAACUGGCAGAAGCUGCCAUCCAGCGUGGCCCGGGAGAGCCACUCCAUGUGGGCCUCCCUGAGCAGCCUGGGCUCCGAGGGUGUGGAGCCCGACUUCUCCAGCAUCGAGCAGCUCUUCUCCUUCCCCACGGCUGCACCCAAGGGACCCAUGGCCGCCCCAGCCAGAAAGGAGCCCAAGGAGGUCACUUUUCUUGACUCCAAGAAGAGCCUGAACCUCAACAUCUUCCUGAAGCAGUUUAAGUGCUCCAACGAGGAGGUGGCCGCGAUGAUCCGGGCCGGGGACACUACCAAGUUUGAUGUGGAGGUGCUCAGACAGCUCCUGAAACUCCUUCCUGAGAAGCAUGAGGUUGAAAACCUGAGAUCGUUUACGGAGGAGCGCACCAAGCUGGCCAGCGCCGACCAGUUCUACGUCUCCCUGCUGGACAUUCCCUGCUACCAGCUGCGGAUCGAGUGCAUGUUGCUGUGCGAGGGCACGGCCACCGUCCUGGACAUGGUGCGGCCCAAGGCCCAGCUGGUGCUCACCGCCUGCGAGAGCCUGCUCACCAGCACCCAGCUGCCCGUCUUCUGCCAGCUGAUCCUCAAAAUCGGAAACUUCCUCAACUACGGCAGCCACACCGGGGACGCGGACGGCUUCAAGAUCAGCACACUGCUGAAGCUCACGGAGACCAAGUCCCAGCAGGGCCGCGUCACGCUGCUGCACCACGUGCUGGAGGAGGUGGAGAAGAGCCACCCCGCCCUCCUGCAGCUGCCCCGGGACCUGGAGCCGGCCGCCCAAGCUGCAGGGAUCAAUCUCGAGAUUAUCCGUUCAGAGGCCAGCACCAACCUGAAGAAGCUUCUGGAGACAGAGCAGAAGGUGUCCGCCUCCAACGCAGACGUGCAGGAGCAGUUCGCUGGGCGCCUCCAGGACAGCAUCGCCGCCUCCCGGGAGCUGGACCGGGUGUUCGCAGCCAUUGAGGACAAGAAGCUGGAGCUGGCCGAGUACCUGUGCGAGGACCCCCACAAGCUGUCCCUGGAGGACGCGUUCAGCACCAUGAAGACUUUCCGGGACCUCUUCGUUCGCGCCCUGAAGGAGAACAAGGACCGGAAGGAGCUCGCGGUGAAGGCUGAGAGGAGGAAGCAGCAGCUGGCCGAGGAGGAGGCGCGGCGGCCUCGUGGUGGGGACGGGCAGCCCGGCAGGAGGGGCGUUGGGCAGCAGGAGGAGGUGUGUGUCAUCGACGCCCUGCUGGCGGACAUCAGGAAAGGCUUCCAGCUGCGGAAGACGGCUCGCGGCCGAGGGGACGUGGAAGGGGGCAAGAGGGGAGCCGCAGUGGACCCCCCGAAGGGAAAGGCACCUGUGGCCACCACUGACCCCGCGGGAGGCCCUGGCCACCCCCACCCGGAACCAAACCUGGACGCCGUGGCUGUGCCUGAGCCCCGGGGCUGGGACCUCACGGACGCAGCCCCACCCAGCCCCCAGCCCCCCGGGGACGUGGAUGCCGGCACACCCCAGGUCUUGGAGGCCACCCAGCACCCCCAGGCCGUGCCAGGGCCCUGGCCAGUGGCCCUGGGAGACGCGCAGACCCUGAAGCCCCUGCCGCUGUCCAGCGCUGAGCCCACUGGGGCCGGGGGCUCAAGCCAGGAGGCCGACGGCAAGGUUGAGGGGCUCGGAGACACCUCCACCUGCGGCCCCAGCACCGACCACCCCACUGAGGACGAGGAGGACCCGGAGUCUGCGCUGGACACGUCGCUGGACAGGUCCUUCUCUGAAGAGGCCGUCACCGACUCCUCGGGGUCUGGCACACUCCCCCGGGCCUCCAAGGGGACAGGCAGGAGGAGGAGGCGGCGCCAGCCCAGGAGCCAGGAAGAGAUUGUCCCUGGUUGUGAUGAUAAUAAAACAAAAAGGUUCUGUGCGAUCCAGUAAGGCCUCCGGCCCAAGCCUAGAGCCCGGUGAGUGCGGCCGGCGGACCCCUGCUGAGCAGCCCUGGGCCGGGCUGGACGGAGCCGUGGACGCCUAUCGCAGUGCCUUAGCCAGCCAGGGCCCGGGGGCCUUCCUGGGGCGACGGGGGGACCCCAGGCCUCAGCCCCGGGCCACCUGGUCCCCUGCUUCCCUGGCGCCAAUCCUGGCCCCGCUGCACAUCCUGCAACCCGGACGCCGCGGCCCAGCCUGCCCCCCUGCCCUGGUGCCGCGUCGGGAGCAGCCUUCGUGGGACCCUGCACGCCCCAUGAGACGGGCUCCCCUUUGACCUUGCACCUGCCAUGGCCCCGGGACCCUCGCCAACCCCUCCCCCCACCUGAAAGGCUCCCGCCCCCAUCUGCUCAGCUGUAGAGCAAAGAGUGCUUUGUAACCGAGA